UUCACUUUACAAUAGAUUGAUGUACAAUAAUUAUUGUACAUCCGAUUUUUUUGUUCGUGCCUAAUUAAUCCACUAUAAAUAAGACGAAUUGUGAUAUUGUUUGAGGAAAUGAUAUAGCCAUUAUAGCAUUAUUAGCAGUUGAUCUCAAUCAAUAAACCACGGUUUGAAGGAAAUGGAGAGGGUUUCAUCAGUCAAACUCCUUGGUUUUGCUGUUUUAGCAAUUUUGCUCAUGUUCAUGCGUACUACAACAGCUGAUCAUCCGGUGCUUGGAAGAACUGCGACAACGACUUCUGAAGAAACUCCGGUGAGAUAUGGCAUCGUAGUAGAAGAAAUGGUAAUGAUGCAACCAAUUAUAGAAACCAGAAACUGGAAUCGAAAGAUGAUUAUACGACAACCAAAUAUUCGAGUUAAUUCGGAGGCCCAGAAUAAGCAAGAUGUUGUAGUAUCAACUACUACGGAGAACGUUUUAAAGUGUGUAGGAUUAGAGAAGAUUUGUAACAUACGUCGCGGACCCUCUUGUUGCUCUGGAUAUACAUGUUUUCUUCCACCCUCUUCUACUACCGGUUUUUGCGUUGAAGAAUAAUUAACACAAGCUAAUUAAUUAGGGAAAAUAAAUAAAUUAUGCAGAUAUAUCUGUUUCUUAAUUAAUUGACUUUUAUAUUAUUUAAGUAUGUAUUCCUCUUUUAUAGAUAAGCAAAUCAAGCGGCGGAUUGGCUUGCCAACCAAGGAGUAUUCCAGAACAACAAAUUUCAGUUGAUUCAAGUCCCCCCCCUUAGCUUUAGGGAGUAUUAUGCAUAAUGAUGUAGUAGGUGCUUGCCACGGUUUGUACCCCUUAAUUUCUUUGUUUUAGUUUUAUUUUCCGGAGCUCUGCUCCUCAUUUGCACCAAAAAAAAGUAUGUAUUCCACUUAAAUUAUAUAUGAUGAUUAGACUG